UACUGAAAUAAGUGACGUGUUUCAAUGUACGGUUAGUCUGUGUUGUGUGACGUCGGUGAUUCGUGAUCAGAUUUGUUUGAAAUUGUGUUCCAAGCUUUUGACAGUUUGUAUUAAAAUUAAUGUCAAUUUUCAGUGCAGCUAUGCGGGAUUUUCACCAAGAUUCUGACAUGAGUGGAGUGUUUGAAAGAAUGAGACAAAUGGACAAUAUGAUGACUGACUUCAUGGCACCAUUCAACAGCUUGUUUAAUGGAAGCAUGUUUCCUCAGCUUAUGGGAACUAAUUUUAGGUCUGAUCAGGAUAGAACUAACAGAAGUUUACUACCAUCUGUCUUUGGAAGUAGUGUGUUUCCUAACAUGGACAACUUAUUUUCCAAUUAUGAAUUGAUGGCUCAGAAUCCUAAUACUCACUGUUACAGCUCUUCCUCAGUAAUGAGUUAUUCAACUGACAAAACUGGUAGACCUCAGAUUUAUCAAGCAUCUGCAUCAACUAGGACUGGUCCUGGAGGGAUUAAAGAAACUCAAAGGUCAGUGCAUGAUUCCAGAUCAGGAUUGCAGAAAUUGGCUAUUGGUCAUCAUCUUGGAGAAAAAGCUCACAUCUUGGAGAAAUCAAAGAACCGGAAUACAGGGAAGGAGGAAGAAAAUGAGGAAUUGAUGAAUUUGGAUGAAGAUGAACUAGUAGCCUUCAACAGACAAUGGCAGCAGUGUGCUCAACCAUAUAACUGGCAAUCAAGGCAUGCACAGCUUUCUGAUAGAGAUCAUCAUCAUCAUCAAUAUAAUCGAAACUCUAAUCCUUUUGCUGCUUCACAACAAUUAGCCAUCACAGCUGGACCAAGUUCUACUGAACAUGAACAACUUCGUUCUCCAUGUCAACAUGGUUUUGAAAGCUUGUCCAGAAAGAGACAUUCUGUUAAUUCUAAGCAAAAGAAGAAACUAUGGAAUGAUCAUGGAAAAUCAAAACAUUGAGCUAGGCAUGAAACUAGUAUGUGAAGAAGUUGGAUUGUAUUGUAUAAUAUUUAUGAUGAAAGUUAUCAUGGGAAUUAUAAGUCUCAACAACACUUCAAAAAUUAAAGAAUAAAUACUUCUGCUAUCUUAUAUUGUUAGCUGUAUAACUUAAAAUUGUUAUUAUUUCUUGAACAUACUAUUAAGCACAAAGUUAAAAGUAUUAAGAGCUGAUUAUGGUUUUUAGAGAUGUCAGUAAUUUUCUGUAAAAUACUUCUAAUUGUUACUCCUGUUAGCAGUUUCACAAUUUGAGACGAUUCUUUGUAAAUUUAAAUGGUUUUAUUAAGUUCUAAAAUUGUUUGUACAUAAAUUCUUAGCUUUAGUGAGUGGAUAAGAUGUUAGGGAACAUUUAAUUGUAAAUAACGUAAAACUGCUGCCAUAGUUUAUGAUAGUUACUCUAUAUAUUGUUACUAGUACUGCUGGAAAAAAAAAAAAAAAUGGUAAUGGUCAUUAUAUAAGGAUUACUGUAAUAUAUUAAAUAUUUUCAAUUGGUGACUUACCAGAACAAAUAGUAUAUUCCAGAAUGUUUACCUUAAUAAAGUUAACACCCAAUACAAAAUACAAGUAAUACUGACUAGUACAAAAUACUGACUAGUAAGGUAUUACCUACUGCUAUUUUGAUCACUUUUCUCAACUAAUUUAAUGUAUGUUUUCUUUCUUCAUAUCUUUUUCAUAAGAUAAUUAACUUGAAAUAUGCAAAUUUUCAUGUGCAAAAAGUAUGGAUGUCAUAAUCUAUUAUACAGAAAUUUGUUUUAAUAAAGGAACUUGAUCAAAAAGUA